GCUAUCCCAAUUGUUUAGACACUUCAAUAACCCCGGCAUGCAUUGCAUGUCCAACAUGGAGGAACUGACUGUGGAGGUCCGUGGCUCCAACGGAGCUUAUUAUAAGGGAUUUGUCAAAGAUGUCCAUGAUGAUGCACUCACUAUUGUCUUUGAGAACAAUUGGCAACCUGAGAGACAAGUUCACUUUAGUGAUGUGCGGAUGCCACCUCCAGCCGACGGUAUAAAGGACAUCGGGGAGGGAGAAGAGGUGGAGAUCUUCUCCCGGGCCAAUGAGCAGGAGCCAUGUGGCUGGUGGCUUGGCAAAGUGCGCAUGAUGAAGGGAGAUUUCUAUGUGAUCGAGUAUGCUGCCUGUGACGCCACGUACAAUGAAAUAGUCACCUUUGAACGUCUCCGGCCUGUGAAUGUCAACAAGGUGGUGUCAAAGAGCUCCUUCUUCAAAUGCACAGUCCCAGUUCCUAACGAUCUGAAAGCAGCGUGCGAAAGUGAACAAGCGCAUAAAGAUUUCAAAAAGGCAGUGGGAGCUUGUCGGAUUGUCUACUGUCCAGAAACAAGUAACUUGGUUGUACUGCCACAUCGCCUACCUGAACUCAGGGCUGAGGUAGAGCUACUGCGUAUGGAGAGACUGCAGAUAGAUGAGCAGCUGAAGCUGAUUGGGAUGGGCCAAAGGCCUUCAUCUAGCCACCCAGCAGACAAGGACAAGAGCUACACCACGGACGACAGUGUGGCUGCUACCUCUCUGCACACCAGCCGCUCCUACACUGGCAGAGGCCGCGGACGCAGAGGCCCCAACUACACCUCCGGCUAUGGCACAAACUCUGAGCAAUCCAAUGACUCUGAGACUGACUCAGAGCGGAAGGAUGAGCUGAGUGACUGGUCCCUGGCGGGAGAGGAACCAGAGAGGGGUACCCAGCCACACAGAGACAGCAGGAGGAGAGCUGGUCAAGGGAGGGGGAGAGGGCCCAGUGGCAGGGGCCGAGGAGCAGGGAGAGGAGCCUCGAACACCGCUCUAAAGGAUCGUGAUGGCAACCCAUACAGUGUGCUUGACAACACCGAGACAGACCAGACGGUCGACUCCAACCUCAACACAAACCGCCGGACUGAGGAGGACACAACAGCCAUUGAUGGCAUGAGCGAAUCGGACAAAGCUUCCCUCUGUGAGAAUGGCCUUGAUCCCGGGAUGAAUCACAAAGCAGAUAGAUGAACUGAAAAGAACUAAAAAAGAACUGGGGCAUGUUGAGUGUAUUGCAGAGCACAGCCUCUCCACAUCAGCAAAGACAGGCAAUGGCCCCAGCAAUGGAAGAGGUGACGAACUAGGCAGAGCUUCCACAGUCUGUUACCAAGGGAACAGUGACUAGCAGCCUGUCCUGAAGUGUCUCCUAAUCUACGGACCCAUUAAUUGUACUACAUUCGUACAAUAGUUAUUGUACAAGCUUGCCAAAGAUGGACAUAUGGACUUCCAGAUUCUCUACUGCACUUUUCAGUUCCCUAACCAUGGGACACAGAGGGGGAGAUUUAGCACUGAACCGAGACAUGACAAAAAGCAUGUUUCAAGUACAUUAUCAGAUGUUGUGCCUUGAGAAUAGAUUUAACAUAGUUGCCUGGCUGUAGUAAAGUUGUCAAUGAUGACAAAGGUGAGAAGAAUCUAGAUAUCCUAAUAUUUGUUGAGCUUUGGCUGAUUUGUAUGUUUUUACAUAUACAAUCACUUCAGACGAGGAAAACUAGGAAAUGCAGUCGAAGAGGAAAAAAGUUUCACUGAAUUUGAAUUUAUUUCCCAUAAGAAAAAAAGCUGGAAACUGGUCUGUCAAUGUUCUUGUCCCAUUUUGUUAUGCACCCACCAGAGGCUGGAAUGAUGGUGGCAGUAACUUGUCUCGAAGGAGCUUUAUUUUGUUUAUUUAAAAAGAUGUUAACACUAAACUGGCGGAACGACCGUGUUUAAUGCAGGUGACAAUUUGGACUACUGAGGUCAAUUUCCAGAUUUGGUAAACUAUGUUUGUCUGUUUUUUUAAUGAUCAUUCGGGUUGUUUGAUGUGCAAUAUGUUUUGUAUGCCAGUAGUUCUUAAAUAAAACCUGAACUUUCAUCUAGAU